AUGAAUGGCGUGGAAAAAGUAGGUAAACAAGGAACUAAAGGCAAAACAGGUCCACGUGGACCCCGCGGAGAACCCGGUGAUGACGGUGACGACGGCGAGGAAGGCGAGAUUGGACCACCUGGCAUAACUGGAGGCCCAGGUGAGCCUGGCGAGAAGGGAGCGAAAGGAAAAGCUGGAUCGAUCGGUUUGCCUGGAAUCCCUGGAGUUUCGCCGAACUGCGACUGCAAGCAGAUCAUCAGAGGGCAAUCAUCACAUCCCAACACAAACGACAUUCGAAAGUGCAUUCCCUGGAAACCAAGCACCGAGACGCUCAGCUCAGUAACGUGGACACAAUCAAAGAUGUCAACGAGGUUUCUAAAGAGAGUGAUGGCGGGGAAGAGAUAG